CUGAACACCCAGUGGCAAAGUAGCGUCGCUCUGUCGACGUCGCUGCUUUGCGCAGUACAACAGACCAAAACCGACUUGGCUUCCCAGCGGCAGGCAUCAAAAUAUUUUCAUUCGUUUGUUGAAUAUCGAACGGAACGGUUCCAUAUUCUCUGCUCAGCUCCGAUUGGCUAGCAAGAAGACAAAAACAAAAAGUUGAAAAUAUUAAAGAAAGAAAUAUUAAAUAAAAGGUUUGAAAUUUUCUUUGAAAAAAAAAGAAAUAAAUAUAAAAAAGUAGAAGAGAAAAAUACAAAGAAUUUAUUAACAAUUUCCAAAAGAGAAGCAAACAAUAAAAAAGGAACUAAAAUACAAGUGAUAAAGUUGUAAAGAGCCAAAAAAAAAGCAAAGGCAAAUAAAUAAAGACAUUGCUUUGAAAAGUGCAAGUGCAAGAGGAAAAACAGAAAAUAUUUGAAAAACCGAAUUGUGCAAAAGUGUUGAAAAUUUCGAAUUUUUCACAAAUAAACUGCUCUAUAUACAAUAUAUAUAAUUAAAUAAAAAAAAAACAGUUGAUUAAACGCAUUUCUUUGGAUAACAACAACAACAGCAUUUGGGUAUAAGCUCCAUUACAAGAAAUCCCAAAAUUUCUAAUCGUUCACAAACAAGAAACAAAAUGGAUAUCCCGUUAUUACCAUCACCACCAGCAACACCACCACUGGGCGAAAAACAAAGCGAAGCUGAUGAAAAACCAUCGGUUCAGCAUUUACAAGAGGAGAUGCUCAAAGCUAAAUUUCAAUUUGGCCAACAGCAACAACAACAGAAGAAGAAGCAGCAACAAAUAAUCACACCAAAUCCCUCUGAUACAGAAGAUGACACUGAAACGCCACCAUGCAAAAAGCAGCGUCUGGAAUUGCCACAACCAAUUGCGGCACUCACACCGCCACCCGAAAUACAGAAGCACAUGCCAACGCAAGAACAACCGCAAUCGCAGCGCGUUAGCGUUAUUAUGCAUGUGAACAGCUCAGGAAUUUGUUCCACCAUCGACGAGAACUCCUGUUCAUCAACCAUUUCCAGCGCCUCCGCAGCGUCCACAACAACUACCACGAGUAGUAGUAGCUGUUCUUCUAACACACAAGCGCCGCUACUUACGUCGGAUGACGAUAGCAGUGAAACGAAUGUGUGGCGUAGCUUAAAGUUCAAAAUGAAUCGUACGCGUUGCAAUAGUUUCUCAGCGCCUGCGUCUGUGCAGACGGAGAAACAGGAAGCCACCAACACCAGCAGCACCAUGACCACGACCACCACCAACACGCAGUUGAAAUCUCAAGAGCAUUUGGAACAAGCGCAAUUCCGCUUCACCCUGCCGACUGUGCAGGCAGCAGCAGCAGCAACACAGCAACAAAUCUACACCACCCAAACACCGCCACAGUAUCAAGUAAUUGCACCGAAAAGUAUUUACCUAACACCCGCAACGGCAGCUGCGGCGCCCCAAGCGCACAAAUCUGCCACCAACUCAACAGUCAUUCCCGCGCAAUUGUUGGUGUUGAACGCCACUAACAGCCUACUGCAGAAUGUCACCGGCGGCAAUGCCAUCAAUGCAGCAGCCGCAACUGCCAACACUACACUCGUACACAAAAUGACCGCCGCGCAAAUAGCCGCCGAGCGACGACGCAUCUACGUUUGUGAAUAUCCCAACUGCGGCAAGAACUACUUCAAAUCCAGCCACUUGAAAGCGCAUCAGCGCGUGCACACCGGCGAGCGUCCUUUCAUUUGCAAGUGGGAGAAUUGCGAUAAACGUUUCUCGCGCUCCGACGAGCUGUCGCGUCACAAGCGCACACAUACCGGCGAGAAAAAGUUCGUCUGCAGCGUUUGUCAGAAGAAGUUCAUGCGCAGCGAUCAUUUGUCGAAACACAUUAAACGACAUGGCAAGGAUAAGGCGAACGGUGUCAAUCGCAAUGUCGCUGCGUCCACCAUGGCAGCAGCAGUGGCGGCAGCGGCAGCUGCAGCAGCAAGUGGUCAACAGCCACAACAACAGCAGUCGGCUGUGGGCGGCGCACAGCUGCCUGCUGGUGUCAACAGCAAUACCACACAUUUGCGUCCAAUAGCGCCAGCGAGCAGUGCACCGUUAGUAGCGGCGGCAAACAAGCAAGCGCCAACAGUCAAUGCAGGUUUGCAGCUGCAAAUCUGCAAUGCCAGCGACUUGUUGCGUUUGCAGCAAGUUGGCGCAUUGCCAACGGCGUUCACUACCUUUAUUGCCGAGCAGCAACAACAUCAACAGUUGUUGCAACAGCAUUGAAGCAUUGCCGCGAAAUCGCGGCCUGCCCGAUGUGAAUUAGCAGACUUGCGUCCGUCAUUCCAAACACACGUAUUCAAUUAGAGAACAAUACAACAAUAACGAAGUGGAAGAUUACAUGUGGACUUAGAACUAAAACCGUUUGUUGCAAAUUUAAAAAAAAGCAACAACAACAAAAACACACAUAUGCCUAGCGGGCAUUUGUACCAAUUUCGGAGAAUCUUUACUUUCCACUUCUUCACUUAAGAAUAUGACUUGUUAAAUUGAUUAUAUGCACAUCAGAAGAAGAAGAAGAAGCACUAAAGCAUUACUCAGUAAUUACUUAAAAAUAUUAAAUUCAUGAAAAAUACAAAAAUGCUGGCAGGCAUACUUUUAGGCGUUUAGCAACUAAUGUAUUUAAUCUCAUACGUAAUAUGUAUUUAUUUAUAUUUAGAGAAAAAGAAGGCGGCCUUCAAACGCUGUUCUUCAAACAACAAAUCAAACUCAAAUCUUUUAACCAUCCCUACCAAACACAAGUCACAUUUCAACAUUUUCCGCUAAAUUAAAUAUUAAACUAUUUAAUCUGUAAUUCCGUUUUAAUUAUGUUUAACAGCGUAUAAGUAAUUAUUAUAAUUCUGUAAUUAUCCUUUAAGAGCUAAGUUUGUAUUUAUUUGCUAAUUUUACUAAAAGCAAAUAAUUUUAAAGAGAAAAAGAAACUCUUUCGUAUGAAAAAUG